UUAUUGUUAAAGAGAAUCUUUCUGGAGAUCCUUCGCUGGGCUUUUCAUUAAAGGGGCAAGCAGGAUGGAUGCUCUUAGGAACCAGAGAGGCGCUGCCAUUUUCCCAGGGAAAGGAGGGUGCCGUUUUAAUUUAUAUCCUGGUCUGGCAACUUGUUAGCAGCGUGUAUGUCUUCCUGAUUCAAGGAGCCUUUGUUUUUUUGUACCUGAUAGAAGAAAGGACAGAAUUAGUGGAGAAUGAUGCUGGGAAGAAGAGAUGGACUUUUAAUGAAAACUGGAAGAAAGGUUAAAGCUGUAUACAUCUGUAUUGCACCAUGCAAUCCUAAUCUGCUUUUAUGACUGUUGUUUUCAGUGUACCCUUCUGGUUUUUUUGCUUCCACUUUGUGUUUUGCUUGGCAGCUUACAAAGUCCUGUAGGCACCAACACCCUCUUGAGAAUCGUACAAGCGCAGCUACUUUAUUCUUUGCUCCAUGUGGCUUAAACAGAGUGAGGGUUUUCGUUGAGCCUAAAGGAAAAUCACAGAGAAAAAGGAAAGCGACCAGAUUGUUUUCAAAGUUGUACAUUUGGAUGGUAUUGGAGAAAAUGAAAAAGGAGACUGCCUCAAAGUCAUUCCGGUUUAAAGCUAAUUCGGGAUCUCUUUCACGUGCUGUGAGCUGGAUAAACUUCUCUACUCUGUCCAAGCAGACAAAAAGGUUAUUUCGUAGUGAUGGCGAACUUACAUCUAUAUGCGGACAGCAAAUGGACGAAGAUGAAAGCUGGAUCUACAGACCGCAGCACAGAAAUGCUGUCUCCAAUCUAGACGAAGAGAGUAGAUGGACAGUCCAUUAUACUGCACCCUGGCAUCAACAGGAAAAUGUGUUUCUACCUUCUUCAAGGCCAGCCUGUGUGGAGGAUCUGCAUCGCCAAGCCAAGCUGAAUCUGAAGUCGGUCCUGAGAGAAUGUGACAAGCUCAGGAGAGAUGGCUACAGAAGUUCUCAGUAUUAUUCUCAGGGUCCAACCUUCUCGUCUUCUUCUAGUGCAAUCUGUGGAAGUUACCAAGAUGAUUACGAAGAAAUUGAACCAAAGUCUAGUCUGUUAGACUGCCUCCCUCAGUCUUGCCUUAAUGCCUGCUGUUGUUUGAUUCCAUGGAAAAUCAAGUGUUCAACCCCUUCUCCUGAAGAGGAAAAGCUUCUUAGCAUCAAGAGACCCAAAACACCAGUUUCAAAUGAAUUCUCUGAUAUCAACACUCAAACAAAUUGGACGAAAUCACUUCCAUUGCCAACACCAGAGGAGAAAAUGCGGCAGCAAGCUCAAGCGGUCCAAACUGAUGUUAUACCUAUUAACGUAACAGGGGAGAACUUUGACCGCCAAGCCAGCAUACGGAGGUCUCUAAUUUACACAGACACUGUGGUAAGGCGGCCGAAGAAAGUGAAAAGGAGAAAGACUAUUACAGGAAUUCCUGACAACAUCCAAAGAGAGCUAGUCGGAAUUGUUAAAAGUGACUUCCGUGGCCAUUCAUUGUAUGUCCCUGAACACUAUUCUACACUAGGAAGACUUGAGAGCUAUCGCUCUUCUUCUAUGCAGAACUGUGACACCAAGGAAUCCAGCUGUCAGACAGAGGAAGUCAAAGUGGUGCCACCUUCGGUGAGGCGGAUACGUGCACAGAAAGGGCAAGGGAUUGCAGCCCAGAUGUCUCAGUUGUCAAAUUCUUCUGGAAACAUGUCUGUGAUGAGUGACUCUGCUGGAGUAGUCUUUACUUCUCGAUUGAAUAAUGACUUGGGUUUCCACAGUCUACCUCGAUCUGGGGCAAGAGUGUCCCUGCAGUUACUGGAACGUAGACAUAGCCUUUCUAAGUCAAGAGAAGAUGGAACUUUGUCACACCAGAUAAACAGACUGCAAGUGGCAGAUAGUACAGAAUACAUGAGGAAUGACAGUGAGGUAGAUUUGCUUCAGGGGUCAAAGUCUCAAGAGGCAAGGUGCUCUGAGGGUGAAAAUCCAGCAUGCCUGGUCUCUCCACAUGCUACAUAUUCAACUAGUGUCAUUCCAAAUGCCACCCUAUCAUCCUCUUCAGAAGUGAUUGCUAUUCACACUUCACAUGGUGCUGGACCGAUGGAUGGUAAAAUCAACAGCUCCUCUUCAUAUUCCAAGCCUAGGGACAAUCUGGUUGCCAACAGAAUGGUGAAAACAAAAGAUCCACACCAUUCUUCCAGUGGUACUUGGAAUGAAACCAAUUCAACACAUAACUCACAACCCUCAGAUCUUACUGUUUCAUCACAUUCUGUGAAGGUGCUUGCUCUUGGAGAUUCAGGAGUAUCUCUUAGUGAUGCAGGAACUUUGGGAAAUGGUCCCCAAAGUAUAGCCUAUGGCUGUAGGAACAGUAUGCAUUUUCCAAGCCUCUCUCAAGACAGUGAUAGCAAAAGUGAAUCAAGUUACUUGGUGGAUAAAACAAAAGGCAAAAGUCAGAACAACAUAGAAUACAAUGGCUUCAAGCACUCUGGAAAUGGGGAGAAUUUUAUACACAAGCCAGACUGUGCCACUCCAGGCUGUUCCACACCUGUGAGCAACUUGAGUACCAGCAGCCUUGAAAGAGUCUCAGCCAAAGAAGACUCAGGCUCCUUAUAUUCUGUGGACCAUGAUGGUUAUUACACCUCCAUGCAUGUUGACUCGGGGCUCAAAUCAGGUAAAGCCUGCAAUGAUAACAAUGGCUUUGGAAAUGCUAGACAUAGUGUCAUUAAUGUGCUUGACAGGAACGAAAAGAAAUUUCUGGGAGAUAUGUCAAACUGUACUGACAAGUCCCUCUCACGGAGUAUAUCCUUAAAAAAGGCUAAGAAACCGCCUCUGCCACCAUCCAGAACAGACUCUCUGAGAAGGAUGCCCAAAAAGAAAUCUCAGUCUAAUGGACAGGUACUGGAUGAUACGUUGAUUGCUAGUCUCCAACACUCUUUGCAGCUGAACCUGCGGUGCAAAAAUGCCAGCUCUCCAUCUCAAAGUCCCUCCAGUGAUUAUGAUGACCCUUGGGUACUACGUUCCCGAAGCCAGAGCUCAGUGAGUGCCAGUAGCAGCAUGAUGUCUGCAACAGGUCUGAACAUGUACUCUAUCUGUGCUGUCACCCCCUCUCAGAGUGAAACGAGCAGUAUCAAAUCAGAGUAUGCUGACCAGUGGGGUUACUACAGUGAUUGUCCUGGGAUGCCUGAGGAUCAGCUAAAAUCCCCAGUGGGUCAUUCUGCUAAUACUACUCCCAAGCUGAAUUAUUACAAUGCCGGACGCUUUAACAAUGGAUCAAGGGCUUCUGCACCAAAUGUGCCCUCUGGGUUAUCUAAACCAAAGAUCACUUCUCCAGAAAAAUCACAUAGAGUGACUUCACCAUCAAGUGGUUAUUCUAGCCAAUCCAACACACCCACUGCACUUACACCAGUGCCUGUCAUUCUGAAAUCUGGGUCAACGGGAAAUGGGAAGCCCAAGAUGAAGCCUAAAGUGCCUGAAAGGAAAUCAUCCCUCUUGUCUUCAGUUUCAGUAUCUUCCUCCUCCACCUCACUUUCUUCCAAUACAUCUGCUGAAGGUUGUGUGAACGCGAAGAAAACUGAUCCUGACCUGAACUUCCCUCUUGUUACACCUUCUUCUCUAAUGUCUCCUUUCUCUGCUGAUAAUCUUCCUCCCCCACCACUUCCAUCAAUGGAUGGAAUGGAUCUACCUACUCCACCUGGAUCUCCCAGUUUCCCACCACCUCCACCAGAAGCCAUUAUAAAUGCAACAUUUCCUCAGAAUGUUACAUUGUUUAAUUGUCAAGAUACCUCAAUGGGCCAUUUCUUUCCCCCAUCACCCCCUCCUUUUUCAUCUCCUUUCCCAUCUUCAUUUGCUCCAUCAUCACUCCACUUGGACCCAAAACUCACAAAAGAGGAAUAUAAACACACACCCUGUACUUUCAAAAAAUAUAAUCAGGAAGGUUCUUGUUACAGUACAAUAAAGCAACCGUUGAAUAAGGACGACAUCACUAGAUCCACAGUACCUCUAGUAACUACCCAAGCACUGCAAAUGGUGCAGUUGAGAUCUGUGAAGAAAGCUGCGAUGUCAGAGGAUGAGCAGUCAGUUGAAGCUGUAUCCAGAACCAAGUCUCAGGAAAUAUUGACUGAAGUUCAAUCACCUUUAAAACCAUGUGUGUCAAUUGGAUACAGUGACAGUCUAGAUGUGAGUGAAGUGAAUCCCCAUGGAGUUUUUGACAAAAACUUUGUUUACAACCCUAGCCAGAUAUCUUACCCAGGGCUCAUUGGUAGCUAUCCUGAACAUAUUGGUGGGGAAAUGCCUGAAAAUGCAGCCAACCCAGCUAAUUUUUUUGCCAGCAACCUACUGCCAGCCAGCACUGAAGAAGGACCAGUGCAGAACCAAGGUUCCCACUGUGAUCUUCCAAGUCCGUCACUUCAGGGACAGUCAGGAUCGUUCAACAAGCCUCCGGGUGUGUCGCCAAACAAGAAGCCACCACCUGUUUCAAAGAAACCCAAACUGUUCCUGAUAGUGCCACCCCCACAGUCUGAUGUUAUAGCAGAAAAAAUAGCUGAAGUGGGUGAAACAGGCAGAAGCGUUCUGAGGGAUGCUGCCUUUGCACAGUCUAGUGAGGCUAGGGAUUAUCCUACAGAUGGACUUUGUUCCUACGAAAUGGACUCAGGCCACCUUGUUCCAGAAGGAGGAGCUGUGGGUCCCCCCUCCUCUGAGACACUGGAAACCAAUGGCUUGACACGGAAGUCCAGGCAGGAGGAGCAGCCUUGCGAAGGAAUCCGUUCUGACAGAAAUGGAGACGGUGUCUCUAGAACAGACAGGCAGCUAUCUAAAGAAGAGGAAAGUGCUGAUGUGUUUGAAUCCAAUGGGGCAAAUAGCUUUUUACCGCAAAGCCCAAGCUAUGAGGAAGACAGUGUGGUGGAGGCAAUGCCACCCAGACCAAGGACCACGGAAGAUCUUUUUGCAGCCAUUCACAGAUCCAAAAGGAAAGUCCUUGGCCGCAAAGACUCUGAGGAUGACCGUGCCCGAAACCACUCUCCAUCACCCCCAGUUACACCAACAGGUGCCUCCCCGAACUUGGCGUCCCUUAAGCAGGCGGGAUCAAUUCAGAGGAAUAUUCGCAAGAGCAGCACCAGCAAUGACAACUUCAAAGCCCUGCUUCUUAAGAAAGGCAGUCGCUCAGACACCAGCUCUCGCAUGUCUGCGGCAGAGAUGCUAAAGAAUACAGACCCAAGGUUUCAGAGAGCCAAGGCGGACUCUCCUUGGGACCCCAAUGACAGCGCCGCAGGUUGCUCUCCGACCAAGAACAAAUGGGCACAGGAAGAAUGGGCCAAGAGUGAAGGCCUCAUGCCAAGGAGCCUGUCCUUCUCCAGCGCUAGAUAUAGCCGAUCUCGGACCCCACCCUCAGCUGCAAGUAGCAAAUACAAUGUUCGAAACCGGAUCCAGAGCAGCCCUAUGACUGUUAUCUGUGAAGGCGAUGUCGAAGCCGUGGAACCUGCAGAGAGCAGGACUCAUAGGUCUUUAGAAGAGGAUCAAGUGGAGCAAGUAGAUGUGUUUGACAGUGAUGAAAUGGAUCUUAAUGAAGAUGUUGGUUCCGGUGAUGAUGCCGCAAUGCGCCUGGAGUUGUUAACUUAACUGAUGACACCAGAUCCUUUAAGGAUAGAAAUAUAUCCCUCCUAUGAAAAGGGUUGAGUGAGGAUUAAGAUACAAGGCACAGUGAUGUUGGUCACUUCCAGAAAGGUGUAUCAGUACAAUUUCUUUUGCUAAGCACAUAGUGUGUGCUUGGGCAUGGAUACAGCGAUGCUGAUAAUGAUACAUGGUGUAGUUAGAUGGGACUUUCUGGACUGAACGAAACUAGUAGCCAGACUCACGUAAGCCUUAAAAUCCUCUAGAGAAAACUAAAAUCAAAAAACAACUCGCCAGAUAAUGCUGGAUUCUGGGUUGCAUGUGAUUUUUUUCUUUUUCUUUUUUUGGAGGGUGUAAACAUUAAAAUAAGUCUGCAGCAAAGAUGGGAAGCUUCUGUGGUACCGGGUGGCAGUUGCUUUUUAAGUGUUAUAUUUAUGAGUAAUCUGUUUUGAGCAGGGACAGUCAGAAUGAAAAACGCAGCCUAUUAGAGUUAGUGUAGCUGGCAUUGUUCCACCUACUUCUUAUAGUGUGAGCUUCUCUGCUGGGCAUAACUAUGUCAUAGUAAUACAGCCACAGGGCAUCCAAGAGUCUGAAUUAAUAUUAAAAACAAUAACAGGAAAGAAGAACUGUUGUAACACAGAACUGACUGCUAUGCAGUCAUAUUAUGGCCCAUCUGUUGGGUUUUUCCAUGAGUCAUUUCUCCCCUAGAUCAAUUUACUUUUAAUAAAAAUUGAAAUGUCCUUUGGGCAACAUAUAUAGCUACAGGUUUGUAAUAAAAAGGUAAAUAAUCCAGGGUUGUGGUGAAACAAAAUGAGCAAAUCGCCAUUAGCUUCUUAAUUUGAAAGCAAAUUUAGCUUAAUAGUGGUAGAACUGUUUCCUUUCCAACUUAACUAUGUGGGAUUUGCAUUUCUGACAGCUUGUCUUCGUUAAAACUGGGGAAGAUUUUUUAAAAGAACAUAUCACUUGAAAUAUCAAACAUUUGCUAAUGUACGGUUACCAAAGAAUACAUUACAAUAACUUUUGCUGUUUGAUCUGGAGUCAGCAUUUUCUCAAUUUGGAAAUCUCAUCAUUUAGGAAACUGUUUAAUUUUAUUACUUGCAAUGAGUUAAAAAUUAACCUUUCCUUAUUUGUAAAGAAAGUGACUAAAAAAAUCAGCUGCAGUUUUGAACAGUUUAAGAAGCAGCUUUUAAUUUUUGAAAACGAGUUUUGCAUACAUUGAUAUUGUGUGUUUUUAUAAUGUUUGCACAUAAUAGAAGUUCUUAAGAUAACGUAUGUCCUCCUAAUGUUGGGAUUUUUACCUUUGUAGAUGUUAAGGGGGGAAUCAUCUAUGUAGAUAAUUUAUUUUAAUGAAAAACACUUGUCUUCUUUUCACUUCAUCUCUGUAUAUGUUAGUACUGUAUAUUUCAAGGGCCUUUACUCAAGAAGGGUGGUGACAAUGCUGUGACUCUGCUUCAAUAAACAAGGCUGCCAUUUGUCA